CUUACUUUUUAAAUAUGGGCCCGACUUUUGGUUUACCAGACACGAGUAGUAUAGUAGAGACAAGAGAAAAAAAACAUCCACCAUCAUCGUCGUCGUCCGGAUCUCAUCGUUGUUUGGGAAAAAAAAAAGAUGAUGGCGAGACCGAGGAGUCAUCGUCCUUCGGGUCGAAAAUCAUCCAAUUCAACGCUCGUAUUCGGUGUACUGAUCAUGUUCACUUUCGUCAUUCUGAUUCUUCUCGCCUUUGGAAUUCUCUCGGUGCCCAGCAACAAUGCCGGCUCCUCCAAAGCCAAUGAUCUCACUUCCAUUGUCCGAAAAACACUCCAGAGAAGUGGCGAGGAUGAUUCAAAGAACGACGAGCGUUGGGUUGAAAUAAUCUCUUGGGAACCCAGAGCUUCUAUUUACCACAAUUUCUUGACCAAGGAGGAAUGCAAGUAUCUGAUAGAGCUAGCUAAACCUCAUAUGGAGAAAUCAACUGUUGUCGAUCAGAAGACUGGAAAGAGCACUGAUAGCAGGGUGCGAACCAGCUCAGGGACAUUUCUUGCAAGAGGCCGCGACAAAAUUAUCCGUCAGAUUGAGAAGAGGAUAUCUGAUUUUACAUUCAUACCUGUUGAGCAUGGGGAAGGUCUUCAAGUUCUGCACUAUGAGAUUGGGCAAAAGUACGAGCCUCAUUACGACUACUUCAUGGAUGAGUAUAACACUAGGAACGGUGGGCAGCGGAUAGCCACAGUUCUCAUGUACCUAUCAGAUGUGGAGGAGGGGGGUGAAACAGUAUUUCCUGCAGCCAAAGGAAACUAUAGCGCAGUGCCAUGGUGGAAUGAGUUGUCAGAGUGCGGGAAAGGAGGAUUGUCCGUGAAACCCAAGAUGGGAGAUGCAUUGCUUUUCUGGAGCAUGACGCCUGAUGCGACGCUAGACCCAUCUAGUCUUCAUGGUGGGUGUGCUGUAAUCAAAGGGAACAAGUGGUCGUCGACAAAGUGGUUGCGUGUACACGAGUACAAGGUUUGAGGCAUGAUUGAGUAAGUGGAUGGAAAAGGUUUUGAGGGGAAAGCGAUGGGAAAACAGGAGGAAUAGAGAGAAGGAAGCAGCUAGUAGUAGGGGGGAGGGGGAUGAUGAAACAUGGCUAUUGUGAUAAGUUUUGACAAUAGAGAUACAUACACACAUGUAUAAUGAUGAUAUUGAUGAAACUUGAAAAGCGAAUGUUGAUGGAUGAGGGGGGGAUUGGGUGGUGUUUCUGUUUCAGAUGAUGAUAUUAUAAUAGUAGUAUGAUACGAAUUUUUCUUUUGUAUAAUUAAAAGAGAAGUAAAGUUCCCCUUUGAUUAA